AUGACCUUGCCCUUCUCUGUCCUGAUGGCUGUGGUGGUGCUCAGCAGCACAUCCAUCUGCUCUCUGGGCUGUGAUCUGCUUCAGUCCCACAGCCUGGGCAACAGAAGGGCCUUGAUUCCCCUGGUACAAAUGGGGAGAAUCUCUCCUUUCUCCUGCCUAAAGGACAGAAGAGACUUUAGAUUCCCCCAUGAACAGUUUGGUGGCAAACAGCUCCAGAAGGCUCAAGCUCUCUCUGUCCUCCAUGAGAUGAUCCAGCUGACCUUCAACCUCUUCAGCUCAAACGACUCAUCUGAGGCUUGGAAUCAGACCCUCCUGGACCAGUUCUGCACUGGCCUCCAUCAGCAGUUGAAGGAGCUGGAAGCCUGUCUGAUGCCAGAGGAGGGAGUGGAAGAGACUGCCCUGAUGAACCAGGACUCCAUGCUGGCCGUGAGGAGCUACUUCCAAAGAAUCACUCUCUACCUGAAAGAGAAGAAAUACAGCCCUUGUGCCUGGGAGGUUGUCCGAGCAGAAAUCCUGAGAUCCUUCUCUUUAUCAAGAAGGUUGCAAAAAAGAAUAAGGAGAGAGGAAUGA